AUGGCUGGGGUGGAAUUUAUAUCAGUAACAGAGACUUACAAUUUACUGAACGCGCAGGAUACAUGUGGGAGGCCAAGAGUAGCGGAGCCUAAUUUUCUUUUACUCUUGGAUACGAGAUCGAUUAAAGACUACCGAACAGCUCACAUUAAAUUCUCACAAUAUGUAAGACGCAAUUCGGAAGAAUUCCUCAAGCCAAUGAAUAUAAAUAUAGACUGUAUCGAAAAUAUCAUAAUUCUCGACGAAGAUUCAAAAUCAAGCACAGGCGCGAAGGAUCAGAUAAAGAAGCUCGCUGAGAACUUUUCGGACUGGGGCUCAAGAAACAAAGUAAAAAUACUCGACGGAGGAUAUCGCGGAUUCACGAAAAAGUACUCGUUUCUCGCAACGUUUUCUCCGAAUUUGACAAGAAGAAAAGUCCAAGAAAACAUUUUGACAAUGCCUCUCGAGCUAUCAGAUAAAACAUUCGUCGGAUCACAAGAGCAAGUAACGAAAGAAAAUCUUCACAAUCUCAAAAUUGACAAAAUCAUCAUCGCAGAAUCGUCAGCAAACGAGUGCAAUCUUCCAGACGCUCCUGAAAUCGAAGACAAAAUCAUUCGCAUAAAUGCAAAUGAAAUGAAGAGACAGUCCGUGGACAGCGUGAAAGACAAGCGAGUUUUGAUCAUUUGCAAAAAAGGAACUGAGUGGUCUCUCGUCCUUGGCGUACUGAUGUUGAAAAUGAGCUCUGGAUCAAGUCGAGAAGCGUGCCUGGAGAAAGUGAAGCUGGUGGAACCCAAUUUCAUCCUCGGAAAAGCACACUAUGAUAUUAUGAGUACUUUCUAA